CUCACACACACACACACACAGAGGCAGGUAGGCAUGGCGUCUGGGAUGUCGAUGGAAGACAGUCCCAUGGAGGAGUUGGUGGACCAGGGGUUGGGGAUGGAGGAGACGGGACUGAGGAGGCCCUCUUUCAGGGAGACCUACCACCACGACUCCCUGCUGGCUCCAGACACAGACUUCAUGAUAGGUACUGUAUGUGUGGGAGGGCUAAGGGUGUGGGGGAUGGAGAGGUGGAGUAGAAUUUGCAUAGGUAAAGUAACAGAAGGACAGGUUAUUGGGGGUGGGGGGGUAUUGUGUGCUGUAAACAUUCAAGGAAAGUUCUUGGUCCUUUGAAUUUUAAAAGUUCACAUUUUAGAAUUACAUUUCGGCAAAGCUUUGCACCCUUGGGGGUAUUGAUGUCAGUGGACUAAUAACAGGAGGGGUUUGUGUGGGUAUGCAGCAGGGUUGUGAACUUGUGAUGUGAAUAGACAUCUGAUCAUUCUGCCAUUCACAAACCACACCAUCUGGGAGAGGAGAAUUCCAGAUUACUUCCCUCUCCAUUACCAUCACUGCUAUAGACCUAGAGUUUAGUUAUGUUUUCUAAAUGUUUGUUUUAGGGUUGUUGCUAUGUUGUGUAGCGUGAGUCUACAUAAUACCAUUAGCAUGAGUAUGUGUGUGUAUAACCUACAUGUGUGUGUGUGUGUGUGUGCAUGUGUGUAUGUGUGGGUAGGCUAUGCAUAUGUGUGAAGGCUGGCCAAGAGGCACAGGGUUUGGGUUUUGUAUAGUUGAGUUAGUACAGCAGCAGCAGAGAUUGAGCUGUGUUCUGCUAAUUCCCUUUUCCAGGUCUGGGAUUAUGGGCUGUUCUAAUCCCAGACCCAUAUGGGGUCUCUGGAGGUGGCACAGGCCUGAUGUCACAGCCAAAAACAGGAAGUGAAAUACUAAGUCACAGAGACACACCCUGGGUCACAACACCAAAUAUAGUAGCCUCUUCCUGGACACAUCUACAGUAUGGCUACAUAGAAAGGUUUACCUUCUAACCAUUAGUUUAGUUUAUUGGUCUUUCAGCAUUGUUUUCGGUCGCUUCACAGUUCUCAUUAAAAACACUGAAUUCAUUUGCUGUUAAAAUAAAAAAAUAUAAAUGUUAAAUAAAUACAACAAAUUUAAAGUGCUAAAAUACACAUCUAACAUCCGUUUUCAUUUAGGAGCCUGCUCAAAUAAGGUAUUGGUGAUCUUUUGUAUCUCUCCGUUAGACUUCUGGGAUGGCCAGUUUGUUUGUUCCUAUUAUGAUGACCUGUGGCUUCCCCCCGAAGGGGCGUAA